AUGGUUAAAUCGUUAGCUGAGAGCACUUGUCAAAUGUGGCAGGACCAACAGAGGUUUGAACAAGAGACACGCGCCGGCAUGAGAUCCUUGGAGGCGCAGAUAUCCCAACUAGCGUCCUCAAUGAGCAAUUUCGAGAAUAGCAAGAGAAAACUACCAUCUCAGGUAAUCCCCAAUCCCAAGGAGAAUGCGAGUGCAAUGCUCCUGCGAAAUGGAAAGGAGAUUCACCCUACCAAACCGGAAGCAACAAGAAAUGGGAAGGAACAAGUGACCGAGGAACCUGAACAAGAAAAGGUAAGCACCCCACCGCGCAUUCCUAAGACCUCUGACAUAAACCCUCCUUUUCCUGGCAGGUUCACCAAAGCGAAGAAAGAGGAGUCAGAGAAGGAGAUUUUGGACACGUUCAGGAAAGUAGAGAUUAACAUUCCCUUACUGGAGGCGAUUAGGCAACUGCCGAAGUAUGCAAGGUUUCUAAAGGAGCUGUCCACCAACCGGAACAAGUUGAACUUCCAGGACAAAGUAAGAGUAGGUGAGAAUGUGUCGGCAGUCCUCCAGAAGAAGUUGCCACAGAAAUGCAAGGAUCAAAGUAUGUUCACCAUACCAUGCAUUAUAGGUCAAAAGAGAAUAGAAAGAGGCAUGCUUGAUCUGGGAGCGUCUAUCAAUGUUAUGCCUCUGUUUAUAUUUAAAGCCUUAAACUUGGGAUCCCUGAAAGAGACAGGAGUGGUGAUUCAACUAGCAGACAGGUCCAAUGUCUACUCCGAGGAUGUAGUUGAAGAUGUCUUAGUAAAAGUGAAUGAGUUUAUCUUCCCUGCUGAUUUUUACAUUGUUGACAUGAAUGAUGAUAACUUAGUUAACUCAGCUGUACUCCUUCUAGGUAGACCCUUCAUGAGUAUAGGUAGGACUAAGAUAGAUGUGCAUGAAAAUACCCUGUCUGUGGAGUUUGACAGGGAAACAAUCAUGUUUAACAUUUUUGAUGCAAUGAAAUACCCCGAUGAUACCGAGUUUAUUAACUGUGUUGGUAUUGCUAAUUCCACUGUCCAAGAUUUUCUUGAGCAGAAUCUCAUGGAAGACAAGCUGGAGUUCGUGCUACAACAUAGCAAGACGACCACCGACGUGGAGAGUAAGGAUGAGGAGGAGAUUUUAGAAGCCAUCAUGUCACUGCACUCUCUUCCGACGCCCGAGUUGGAGUUGAAGGAAUUGCCAAAACACCUGAAGUACGCCUAUCUUGAAGAUCACAACACUCUACCGGUCAUCAUUGCAAAUGAUUUGACCGAGGUGCAACAAGAAAAACUCCUACGAGUUUUGCGGGAGACUAAACCAGCAAUAGGAUGGAUGUUGGCAGAUAUCAAGGGCAUUAACCUCUCUGUUUGCAUGCACCAUAUCCUCCUUGAGCUAGAGGCAAAAUCGGUAAGAGAAUGA